GAGCGAAAGAUGGCGGCGCCUUGUUUCCCUACGCCAUUGCACAGGCAUGUGGGCCGUGGCUCCUUCAGCGACGUGUACGAGCCCGCGGAGGACACAUUUCUGCUGCUGGACGCGCUCGAGGCGGCGGCAGCCGAACUCACGGGAGUGGAAAUAUGCCUUGAAGUAGGGUCAGGGUCUGGAGUGGUAUCUGCAUUCCUAGCCUCUAUGAUAGGUCCUCAAGCUUUGUACAUGUGCACUGAUGUCAACCCUGAGGCAGCAGCAUGUACCCUGGAGACAGCACGCUGUAACAAAGUCCACAUUCAACCAAUAAUUACAGAUUUGGUCAAAGGCUUGCUACCAAGAUUGAAGGAAAAAGUUGAUCUUCUGGUGUUUAAUCCUCCCUAUGUAGUGACUCCACCUGAAGAGGUAAGGAGUCACGGGAUAGAGGCAGCUUGGGCUGGUGGCAGAAAUGGUCGUGAAGUCAUGGACAGAUUGUUUCCACUGGCUCCAGAGCUCCUUUCACCUAGAGGAUUGUUCUAUUUAGUCGCCAUUAAAGAAAACAAUCCAGAAAUUUUGAAAAUAAUGAAGACAAAAGGUCUACAAGGGACCACUGCACUUUCCAGGCAAGCAGGCCAAGAAAUCCUUUCAGUCCUCAAGUUCACCAAGUCCUAAUCUACAGUGUGUGCUACUGAAAGCUGCGUGCAUUUGGCAUAUUUUGAAACAGAAGUCAUUUCUUAGUUAACAAAUAAAGUCAGAAAUUUGUCAUAUAGAAAAAGGCAGAAGAGUAAGGCAUUUCCUUUUACCCAGGAAUCAGGCCUACAGAAAUAUUUGCACAAAUGCAAGUAAAUAUAUAUAAUAUAUAUAUAAUUUGAAUUUUAUAUAUUACAUAUAUGUGGAGAAUAUAUAAUAAAUUAUAUUUGUAGGGCUUCCCUGGUGGCG